AUGGCCGGGUACAUACUGGGGCACGCGUCCUUGACGAGAACCGUCAUUGACCUCGAGGACUGGACCAUAACCUUCAGGAGUGUGGGUGCCUGGAGAAUAGGACAAAAUCCGAAAGGCAGUUCGUCAAACUACGCACCAAGCAACAAGAAGAAGAAAAGUAUGAAAAAGAGACCCACUCUUAAACUGGGAAACUGGAACGUCCGCACCAUGACACCCGGAUUGUCACAAGACCCUCAGGACAUAAGUGACACGAGGAAAACAGCCAUCAUAAACAACGAGCUCAAGAGACUGAAUGUGGACAUUGCCACCCUACAAGAGACUCACUUGUCAGACUUGGGCACGCCGAAGGAAAAAGACUACACCUUCUUCUGGCAAGGGAAAAGUCAAGAACAGCACAGAGAGCAUGGAGUCGGCUUUGCUGUCAAAAAUAGCCUGCUGAGCAAGGUGAAACUAGGCAGCAACGGCUCAGAGAGACUCCUAACCCUCCGCCUCAACACCACAGAAAGCCCUGUCACCCUCAUCAGUGUGUACGCCCCGACCCUGUCAGCCAACCCAGAUACCAAAGAUGAAUUCCACAAGAGCCUUGCAGCCAUCCUCAGGACAAUUCCCAGCACAGAACAACUUGUUCUCCUGGGCGACUUCAAUGCCAGAGUGGGCGCAGACUACGAAUCUUGCUUUGGACACUUUGGUAUAGGGAAGAUGAACGACAACGGACAGCGACUACUUGAGCUUUGUACCUGCCACAACUUGUGUGUCACCAACUCUUUCUUCAGGACCAAAUCCCAACACAAGGUCUCGUGGCGACAUCCAAGCUCAAAACACUGGCACCAACUGGACCACAUCCUUGUCAGGAGAGCUGCCCUCGAGAACGUCCUCCACACACGCUCUAACCACAGCACAGACUACGACACGGACCACUCCCUGGUGUGCUGCAAGAUCAGGCUGACACCAAAGAGAUUCCACCGCUCUAAGCAGGAAAGGAACCCCCGAAUCGACGUCAACAAGAUGUCACAGCCUGACCUCGUUCAGCAAUUCGCAGAGACCUUCGAGAGCAAGUACGAUACUCACCAUCAGGACACUGCCCCACCUGCAUCUGCGACAGAGAAGUGGAAAGUCCUGCGCAACACCAUCCACAGAACAGCCCUGGCUACUUUUGGGAAGAAAACAUCAAAGUCACACGACUGGUUUGAAGCCAAAUUGACAGAGAUGAAUCCCAUUAUCGAAGCCAAGAGGGCCGCACGCGCAGAGUACAAGAAAAUGCCAAGUGAAAGGAAUCUGCAGCUUCUCCGAUCAGCCAGAAGCAAGGCCCAGCGAACAUCAAGGCAAUGCACAAACGAAUACUGGACAGAGCUCAGCCAGACAAUCCAAACAGCUGCUGCACUUGGCAACAUCAGGGGGAUGUAUGGAGGCAUAAAGACAGCACUGGGACCAACCCAAAACAAAACUGCCCCCCUAAAGUCCACCUCAUCAAGCGCUGCAAGGACACCCUACUGCAACCACUGCAUUAACUUCUCUGUCCCACAGGACAUGCGAGAUGUCAAGAUCGUCACUCUGUACAAGAACAAAGGAGAGAGAAGUGACUCCAACAACUACAGAGACAUGGUCCUCUCACUCCGACAACUGCAAGAGAAGUGCAGAGAACAGAAACAGCAUCUGUACCUUGCAUUCAUCGACCUCACUAAAGCCUUCGAUCUCGUGAGCAGAGACGGCCUCUUCAAGGCCCUCGAGAAGAUUGGCUGCCCCCAAAACUGCACAGCCUGA